AAGUACUGAAUGUUAAUUAUGUUCAAUGGAGAGAGAGAAGCAAGAAGCGCAUGCAGCAAAAACGCACACCAUGCAUAUGCAUGAUCAUAACCCAAGUACCCAACAGCACUACUCUCCUUCUUCAUCAGAUAGCCAUCUGCACUUUGUUGGCUGUGCUUCUGUACAUUGCUGUCGCUCCUCCGGCUGCCCUUGCUCAAGACACUACCAUUUUUGCCCCAAUCAUUACUGACUGUAGCUCGCCUCUUAGCACUCAUGCCAUGCUUGACAUUCGUCCAGGGGACUGCCAAGAGGCCAGAAGAGACAUGCUGCAACAACCUUAACUAGCACUACAACCUUCAGCCUGUAUGCCUCUGCCACCUGCUCAACAACACCACCUUGAGCACAAUUCUGAUAAACACCACGCUCGCUUUGCAGCUGUUUGCUUUUUGCAAACUGCAUCACAAAAUCUCUUCGUGCUUAGCUUCCCCCAUAGCAUCCUCUGUUGUUCCAGUGGCACCAACUCCCCCCGACGUUUUCUGCACUCCAUGUAACAGAAACCCCGUUGGAAAGCCGAAGGCGACAGGCCAUUUCACAACUGUAGCAGUUGUAACAAUUCUGUUCUGGAAAUUGUUCUAUUGAGUCUGGUUAUAGCUACAUUAUGCCUGAUACUAAGUUUGUGAGAAAAUUGGGCUAGAGGCUGUAAUUGUGUAAUCCUAAGGUAAUUUCUCAUUGAUUGAAUUAGAAUGAUGUAUUUACUACACAUAUAUUACUUAGGAAUGUAAAUGGAAGUUUCUUCUAUCGAACAAUAUAACUAGCUGCUUUUCUACAAUAAUUUCCCAAUGUUUUC